AUGGCAAUGGCAGAGACUGAAGGGCGAAAAUCACUGAUCAUAAAGCUUUAUUUGCCUUGUUCUGGAAAGCGUGAAGCACCAUUCUCAGAGGCAAUGGAUUCUAAUGAUGGCAAGAAGAGGAGGAAGGUGGAUUCAAGUUUAGCUGUGUCUGACUCUGAAGAAGAGAAUGAUCACUUGAAGAAGAAGAAGAAGGAAGUGCCAAAAAACAGACAAGAAACAGAGAAAAAACGGAGGACUGUGUCUGAAGAGAGUGAUGAGUCUAAGAAGAAGGAGUACCAUUAUUGCAAGAAUGAAGAGAAACAGAGCAAAAUCAGAGAAACCAAGUUGAUCGCUGAUUCAAGAAUUUCAAGAACAGAGUCUGAGGAAAGCAAGAAAGAAAAUACUAAUAACAAGAAGAAGAAGAUGAUGGAUCGUUAUAGAAAGAUGCAAUGUUGGGUGAUCUUGAAGCGGUUCAUCAUUGGAAGAGAUGGGUGGGCUUUCAAACACCCUCUUCUUGUUGAUGAUAACUCUGAUUCUGAUGUAUUGAACAACAACAACAACAAGAAGCAAAUUGGGUUGGUGGACAUUGAAACCAGAUUGUCAAAAGGGUUCUACUCAGAGCCUGAACAGUUUGCUGAUGAUAUCAGGCUUGUGUUCUCCCAUGCAAUGCUAUAUUACCCUCAUCCCAGGAAUGAGAUUCACAGAAUUGCAAGGAGGCUCAGUGAGAAUUUUGAGGUCACUUGGAAAUCUUUGAAGGAUAAGUGGACAUGUGAGGACAGAAAACAAAAGGCCGGGAAAAGAACAAGAUCACUUGUUUAA